UUCUGUUGUAUGUUACCAAAAAACGUUAUAUAACAUUACGAGAACCCCAGAAAUGUUGGAUCUUUGGAUAAGAACGAUAAAAACGUUGGAACCGGCUUAGUUGGAGCACCCGCUUGUGGUGAUGUAAUGAAACUGCAGAUUAAAGUUGACGACAAUGGCAAAAUCAUUGAAGAGAAACUCAAAACAUUUGGUUGUGGUUCUGCUAUAGCUAGCAGUUCGUAUACAACAGAAUGGGUGAAAGGCAAAACUGUAGACCAGGCGCUCAAAUUGAAAAGUACUGACAUCGCAAAGGAACUAUCCUUGCCUCCAGUGAAGUUACAUUGUUCUAUGUUGGCAGAAGAUGCCAUUAAAGCUGCUUUAUCAGACUACAAAAUUAAAAACCAAAAGAAGGAAGCUUAAAUGGACAGUACUGGAACAAUGUGAUAAGUUGGUACUAGUUAUAUUAUUAU